AUGAAGAACCCCACACGAAUGCCAGUAAAUCUUCGGAAAAAGUCAAUCAGCAGUGAUUCAUGGCAAGAGAUGAAUGAUCUUCGAGUCGUAAUCCGCUACGAUACCCUAGCUACGGUAUCUGUAACCAAGCUUGGAAACCUUCCUGACAAAGCUCGCCUUGCACGACUAGAUGCUUUUGUUGAAGAAGUGAUAUCAUUACCGGGUGUAUGGUACGUAGUCAGCGUGCACUAUUUUAUUAGAGAUCUUUGUGAGUUCGAAAAAGAAAUGAGCAAGGUCGAAGUUGACAUUGCCGAGAGACCUGUAAAAGAUACUUCCGAAGGGAACGUUGCUCUACUGAAAGGGUUGGCUAUGUUUCUGGAAUGGCCCGACUACGAAUUCCGGCGUGAAUAUGUCCGUUACAAAAAGAGUAUUAUGUAUCAUCCAAAAGUCAGUAGAGACAUGUUGCUGAAAAGCUGGCGAGCAUUAUUAGGUCGACGCGCACCGAGACUCGACAUCACUAUCUACUUCGACGAUGGCAUCUAUUUGGUCUUUAUCGAGAAUGUGCCCACUUACACACCGCAGACAAAAUUUGAUCAUACGGAAGUCAUUGCCGAAGAGGUAAUGAAAAGGAGAGAUAUCCUCUGGGAUAAUGCUAAUAACAGGCUCCCGAAUUUGAACGCAAGAAGAUCCGCUGCUUGGAAGCAAGUUAGGAAUGCAGUGUUUACCAAAUGUGAUAGAGACAUGACGAUUGAGCAGAUUAAACGGUGUUGGCGAGCGAAAAAAGGCUUUAUUCGAGAUUUACUGAUGAAAGAAAAAAGCUACCGCACGGGAACCGGCGGUGGUGUCGACAUGGAGCUGGAGAGAGCUAUAGCGAAGGGCAUGGCCCUGAUGUCAGAAAAUGACGUGCAAAUAGCGAGGUCGCUUGGGCGCGAAGCAAGUUUCUGCGGGCUUAGAUCAGCAGAAAGCGCUGCAGAGGAGCCGCCCCCCAGCAGACAACAACAACACGCAGAUGAGCCCACAUCCGCACGCCAUCCAGAGAUCUCAAAGGAUUUUGAGCCCUCUCCCACAGAAUUAUACCAGGAACUGAGUAUGUUCGAAAGUGAGACGGAUGAUGACGAAUCUGCACCACCACGAAAGAAAUCUCGCAGCAAUCAACAUCAGUUCCUCGAAGAGCAAAGGGAACUACUUCGAUUUCAAAAACUUUUACUUGAAAAAGAGUACGCUCUUUGCUCCAAAGUCGACGCUUUGCUCGAAAAGGUGAACCUAAAACUGGAAGUAAUUUGUGGAAGAGGUCAUGAGCUCAUUUAUGAUGAUAGCUUCGAUAAGAGUCGUGAUGAUGAAUCUGAUGAUGGAGUGACACAUAUCUGCUCAGUAUACCAAGGAUAUGCACUUCAGCACUCAACACGAAGGCUGGAUAUCGCAGGAAAAGAAAUCAUCCGCCAUUUUAUCAAGUGUUCCUGCGAUUGUGAACUUCCUAUGCACCGCAAUAACGCCGUGCUUUGCCUUUGCCUUUGCUUGCCAAUAACGUCUUGGCGAAAAAGGUUUGAAGCGCCAGAAGUACUCUUUCAACCACAUUUCAUCAUUCCUAAAAAACAAGAAUCAUCGGAAACAUUGUUUGGAUGCAUACAGUCUAGUGCUAUUGUUAAUCGACUGACCAGACUUCGACAAGCAUAUGUAUCCGGGUCUCCCAAUUAGAUUGGAGAUAAAUGAAGCAGUUAGAUUUGGAUCGCGUUCUCGAAAGGAAUACAGCUUUUCCAGUUCGGUGUGCCUCAUGUCGGGAUCCACAAGUAUGACAUGGCUCCAUGAAGAGAUUUCAUAGUAAUAAAUAUCUCAUCAUCGUUGGGAGAGGAUCUGAAAAAGUCGGAUUCUACAUCACAAACAUCUUUUUUCCUAUUUUGUUCAUGAACUUUUUUGUAGUAGCUAAAACCCAGCUUCCCAUCUUCUCAUCAUAGUUUCCACUUUGCGUAGAAUUCACCCUUUGAGCAAUUUUUAUGCAAAUCCAUUUGUGGUCAUGACACGAAAAGUUUCUUUUUGCUAACGUUGU